AUGAAUAAAAUCUUUAUAAUUGGUUUGAUUCUUGGUGUAAGCCUCUGCCAAUAAAGAACAGUAAUUGAUAGAUUGCAGGGUACUUAGGUUGUAGAGGAAGGAGAGAAUGAAACAAUAUAUAAUAUUCAUUAUUAUGAGGAUGAGGACCCAAAAGAAAAAUAUGAAUAAUUGAUGAACAAUUUGUUGAGUUUAAGUAAAUUUUGAUUUAAUUAAGAUCAAACACAACUUUUAACUUGUAAAAAGAGUGACAGUCAUGAAUUUUUCGGUAUGUCAUUCCAAAACGUUGGAAGAAUAAACAAUGAUAUUAAAAAUUUAAAACUUAAAUCAUUUGAGGAUGAUUGUUUCACUUAGAUGAGAGUGAGUUAUGAAUACAAUGAUGCUGAAAGCAAAGUAUAAGUGACCUUCAUGCCAGGAAAAUAUAAAAAUGGAAAACAAUGUUCAGAAUUUUACAUGAUUGGAACAACUUUGAAUUAUAAUAUUGUAAAAAUUAAGAAAGGUAUUAUAUUAUAUAAAAUUAAUAUAGAAUAGGAUUAUAAGGUUUAUUUCCAUUUCAGAAAUGAAUAAUAAAAGUAAGCAUUUAGAUUGGCUGGUGCUUAUAUUUUUAGAACAUGUGAUCAUUUUGAUUAUUGGAUUGGAGAUUUAUUAACUACAGUUGAAUUAUUUUUUGGUGGGUUUUCUGCAAAUCCUUAUUUAGGUUCAAUUUUUGGUAGUUAUCCACCAAAUUGGAUGAUUAGAUCAAAUAUAGAAUUUAUAGAAAAAGCAACAGGGUAUAGAUGGAAAGAGAGACCUAAUGUUUAAGUAGAUUGGUCUGAAGAAGAGGUUCAUUAAGGAGAUUUUUUGGCUAUUACUAGAUUUGAUGGAUUAGAUUAAAUUAUUGAAUGGGGAACAGGUAGUAGAUCAGGACAUAGUGCAGUGAUUUUUGAAAUAGAUGGUGUUAAAUGGGUAGUAGAAUCAUAAGAUGCAUGGUAUUGGCCUAAAAAGAAUAUUUAAAAGAAUAGAUGGGAAGAUUGGAAAGUUUAUGCUAAAAAUGCAGGAUUUAAUGUAGCCAUAUUACCAUUGAGUCCAGAGAAGAGGGCUUAAUGGGAUUAAGAAGGUGCUCUUAAAUUUUGGAAUUUUAUGGAAGGAUAACCAUAUGGUUAUCAUAAUUUUAUUUUUGGAUGGAUAGAUACACCUAAAGAUAAUUAUCCCACUUUAUUAAGUGCUGAAUUAGCUACUUAUAUAUUUUCAUUUAUUGAAAAAUUUGCACCAAGUAUUUCAUCAAAAAUGGUUGGAGAAGGAUUAAAUAAGAGAUUAGGAACUGAAGGAUUGACAAUCCCAGAAAUCACAAUAGAAGCUGCUAAAAGAGGAAUAGAAAUUGUAUUACUCAUAUAUCUAAAUUAAGGCUGAUUUAUAUGCUAUGGUUGAAAAGGAUGAAUGGAUUUACAGUGAUGGACCAAGUUAAGUAUGUUCUUCAUUUGUUAUUGGAUUAUAUAAGGCAGCUGGUUUAUUUGGAUAAUAUCAUGUUGAAGCAACAGAGUAAUUAUAUUUUAUAUAUUUUAUAGAUUUACUCCAAAAGAUGUUUAUUAAUUAAAUUUCUUUGAUAAAAAUUAUGUUGUUCCUGAUAAAUGUAAGAUUAAUGAUCCAGAUUUACCAUAUUGUUAAAUUAUGGGAACUCAUAGAAUGGAAUUAGAUGGAUACAAUACAAUUGAUCCAUAUGAACAUAUGAAUGAAAGAUGUCCAAGUUAAGCUCCUGAUUAUUAUAGACCUGAUGGCUGUUGAUUUAAUAAUAAUAUAUAUUAAUAUUAAGUAUUAUUAUUUUAUUAAUAAAUGUUAACAGAACUAAUAAUUGAAAUUUGUGAAUGUGAAAGAAGAACAGAAACUGUCNUAUAGAUGGAAAGAGAGACCUAAUGUUUAAGUAGAUUGGUCUGAAGAAGAGGUUCAUUAAGGAGAUUUUUUGGCUAUUACUAGAUUUGAUGGAUUAGAUUAAAUUAUUGAAUGGGGAACAGGUAGUAGAUCAGAACAUAGUGCAGUGAUUUUUGAAAUAGAUGGUGUUAAAUGGGUAGUAGAAUCAUAAGAUGCAUGGUAUUGGCCUAAAAAGAAUAUAUAAAAGAAUAGAUGGGAAGAUUGGAAAGUUUAUGCUAAAAAUGCAGGAUUUAAUGUAGCCAUAUUACCAUUGAGUCCAGAGAAGAGAGCAUAAUGGGAUUAAGAAGGUGCUCUUAAAUUUUGGAAUUUUAUGGAAGGAUAACCAUAUGGUUAUCAUAAUUUUAUUUUUGGAUGGAUAGAUACACCUAAAGAUAAUUAUCCCACUUUAUUAAGUGCUGAAUUAGCUACUUAUAUAUUUUCAUUUAUUGAAAAAUUUGCACCAAGUAUUUCAUCAAAAAUGGUUGGAGAAGGAUUAAAUAAGAGAUUAGGAACUGAAGGAUUGACAAUCCCAGAAAUCACAAUAGAAGCUGCUAAAAGAGGAAUAGAAAUUGUAUUACUCAUAUAUCUAAAUUAAGGCUGAUUUAUAUGCUAUGGUUGAAAAGGAUGAAUGGAUUUACAGUGAUGGACCAAGUUAAGUAUGUUCUUCAUUUGUUAUUGGAUUAUAUAAGGCAGCUGGUUUAUUUGGAUAAUAUCAUGUUGAAGCAACAGAGUAAUUAUAUUUUAUAUAUUUUAUAGAUUUACUCCAAAAGAUGUUUAUUAAUUAAAUUUCUUUGAUAAAAAUUAUGUUGUUCCUGAUAAAUGUAAGAUUAAUGAUCCAGAUUUACCAUAUUGUUAAAUUAUGGGAACUCAUAGAAUGGAAUUAGAUGGAUACAAUACAAUUGAUCCAUAUGAACAUAUGAAUGAAAGAUGUCCAAGUUAAGCUCCUGAUUAUUACAGACCAAGUGACUGUUGA